AUUAUAGCUGAAAUUUUCUGUGUAAAAAGUUUGAUUGUCUAUAGACAUAUACGCAAGUCUUCGUUGGAUUUACGUACUCCCGCCUUUUUGGUCUUGAUCAUAGUUUUCUUUCUUCUUGACCAAACUACGGCGACUAACGGAUUACAGACUACAUUUUUACACUAUUGAGAGUAAAAAAUGGAUGGUCCAAACCCUGAAGAGGAAAUCGAAGAAUUCGAUCCUAACGAUUAUCAAUCAUUUGAUUUAAUUAUUGACCAUAACUCUGAAAAGGAUGAUAACAUCAAAUUUUACCUAAAUGAGAAUCAGUUAUUUGACAAUGAAUCGUUCAAACAAAAUAUUUUACUCGAUGCUACAGAUGAUGAAAAAGACACUAAUAAUAAUGCAGAUUUAUAUACGUCAGACUUUGAGGAACUAGACUCCGAAAGUAUUAUUGGUUCAGCGUACUAUGAAAAAAUAAAUGAUGAUAAUGAUAAAACAGUAGUUGAAAAUACUUUCAUCGUUGGUUGUAACGAAAAUGAAGUUGAAGAUUCAGCAAACUCCGAUGAAACUUGCAAAUAUCUCAACUCAGAGCAAGACCGUCUUCAUGAGCACAGUAAUGAUUCGUCACAAAUAAAUAAUUGGAAUGUAGAAUCUUGCAAUAAUUCACCAGAAAUUUGCAGAGUUAAUGAGCAUUCUAGCUUUAAUUUGAGUGGCAAAUUCAGCCAUCAUUCAAAUGAAAUAUCUAGACUGGACCAAUCAAAGUUAGAAUUAUUUUUAUCAAAUUCAAAUCGAAGUGACUGUUCAGAUGAAGAAAAUGCAGAUGAAUAUUUGACGAAUAUAAAAAGCGAUUUUGCGUUACCUCCAAUCAAAAAAAGAAAAUUUGAACGGGCAUCAAUGAUACCUGAAGAUGAUCCGAAUUCCUCGGGAUCUGAAUACCAACCAUCCAAUGAAGAUUACUUAGAUGACUCAGAUAGUGACUUGACCGACUUUAAUGCAGAAUUUGAAAAAUCGAAGAAAUCCCAUAAGACGGAACGUCUUACGAAAAGAAAAGUAGUUUCAAAAGUCAAUAACUCAAGGGUUCAUAAACCAAUAUCAUUUGAAUCAAAUGAAUUAAAUUCAGAUGUGGAUGUACCGUCAAAAAUAGAGGCUCCUCAUACCGAAACAAAAAAACCUGCAAAGCGAAAAAAAUUUUUAUUUGAACUAUAUUCUACCACAAACCGAGUAUCUGAGAAAGAAAAAGAAAUAAAUAUAAAUAAUUGUGAACCAACUACGACUGAUUUACCUCAAACUAAUUCUGAAUAUAAAGAAAAAGAAAAUGAAGAACAAAAUGAUCAAAAUGAAAGUAAUAGAGGAUGUGAAACAUCUACAGUUAAUUUUCGUUCAUCUACAUUUGUCGAAAACACAACAAAUGUUCCGCCACCUAACAAGAAUGUUAAUUCAUUAAAGCGUAAACGCAACACCAUCGAAGACUUAGAUUUUCCUACACAAACAAUAGGUUUUUCCGAUGAAGGUGGAACUUUUUAUUACAAACUAAAUUGCUGUUGUUUUUGUCAUAGCCUAGAAUUGAGAGUGGAUCGACAUUAUAAAACCCACCACCCUGAAGAGCAAGAAGUGCAAUUUUUAAUUCAUUGCAAAUCCGCUGCAGAAAGAAGAGUUAAGUAUAAAGAGCUGCGUUUACGUGGGAAUGAUUAUUACAAUAAUGACAGAACAAUUAAUCCUAAAGGAAUAAUCAUUUGCUCGCGGAGAAUUUCUCGUCCAAAAAUGAUUGAGAAACAGAAAUUGUUACAAACAGAAUCUCAGAGCAAUGAAGAAGUUUCCACAGAUAAUAUACCUGCAAAGCAAGAGAAUACAAUGAAGAGCUCUAUUACAACUACAACUGAUAUGACUGCAUCUUCAAUAUCAGGAGUAUUCAAAUUGAAAUGCGCUGUUUGUAAUAUAUGGGUUGUACCUCAAAAUUUGCGAAAUCAUUAUAGAUCAGCUCAUUAUACUAUGGGAGAUCGUAAUUCUAAGCAAAUUUUAAAGGAAGCAAAACGUUGCAUGUUAGCCGUGCACCCAAAAACAGACCCACGAGUGAAAGAUCAUAUUUUUGCAAAAAUAAGAGAUCCUGUAGUUUCAGCUUUAGUGAGGCAAGACAUUCUUAUUGUUUUAUUUGCUAACAAAUUCGCAGAUAAAUUUUCGAAUACUAAACAACUUGAUAUGGUCAGAGGUUACGUUCGUCUUAUUGCGAAAUUCAUGUUGGAGAUGAAAAACUUGUGCCCCGAAUUAGAAGAUUUUAAAAUGGUCUUUAGACCUCAAUAUUGGGAUAGUGUUAUUGAAGCCAUGAGAAAAGUUAGUGAUUAUGAUGCAGCAACUCAACGUUUUGGCAUAACAUAUAAUGCUGAAACAUUACCUCUUCUUUUUCGCAAAUGUUUUAAAAUUUUACGACACUUCUUCGUUACUGUCAAAGAUACUGAAAACAUUCAAAAUUUGAAUGAUUUUAUAGCCAUCUUUGACGACGAUAUUCAGAAUGCAAUACUUAUCAAGGCAUACCUCUCAAGAAAAGAAUUGAAUCGUCAUACGAAUGAUAAACCACUGCCACCAUCUAACGACAUAGUUAUCUUCAGAGAAUUCUUGAAUGUACUUAGGGAACAGACCUUAGAUAAAGUAAAGGAAACUAACGUGAUGACCUAUGAACAAUAUUAUAUACUCACAGUGUGCGUUGCAUUGCUCAUCGAAAGUUUCAAUCGUCGACGCAACGGGGAAGUUGCUAGAGUCCUUUUAAAAGAUUUUGAAUCUAUUAAACAAGCAGACGAAAAUUGUGAGUUCUUUAAACAGUUGACUGAGGAAGAGAAGGAGGAACGUUUAGCAUUCUACAGAAUGGAUAUUUUGGGAAAACGAUACGAUGGUAAAGGAUCUUUGUACAUGGAUAAUUUAGAUUAUGAUUGUUUAAAAUUAUUGGUAAAACAUAGGAAGUCAUUUAAUAUUUCUUCGACUAAUGCUUAUUUAUUUGCCAUAAAAAAUGGACGAGAUAAUGUAGAGAGAUAUGUAGAUUUGUACGAUUCAAUGUGCCGGUUCACAAAAAAAUGCAAUGAUGAAUAUAAACCAAUUAAUCACAAAGCAAUACGUGCUACUGCACUGCGUAAGCAUGCAGCCACUGUAAAUGGUGUAAUAGAUGAUGGGAAGAACACUCAAAUGUGUGCAGAGCUCUUAGGACACUCUGAACAAAUGCAGAAAUCAAAAUACAAGAGGGUCGUCGAUAAACAAGAUGUUGCGAAUGUCAAUUUCCUUAAAAGGAUCAACAGCACAAACUACGAAUCACCCAUUAGAAAUAAACAUCAAUCUCAAAAACCCCCGCUACCAUCCCUGGAUAGUUCCAACGAUGAUGUACAGGAAUCAAUCGUUUCAGAUCGUAAAACCGGAGCAUGGGAUCACGACGAGUGCGCUGCUUUUCGUGAAGUAUUCAAGCCACAUUUAUCAUCUCGAAGAACUCCAUCUUCACCAGAAAUUCGACAAGCACGAUCCUCAAACAGAUAUUUAGGUCAAAGAAGUCUGGCGCAGAUAUCUGCUAGAUUUUAUAAUAUCUAUGCUGGUAAAUUAAAAAAGUUUUAAAUUUACCUCAGAUAAAUAAUUAAAGAUUUUAUUUUAAACAUUAUGUUUUUUAAAAACAAUUUAUACGUUUAUGAAUAUAAUAAUCAAAAAGAGAUUUUAAAAGUCUAAACUAUGUAGUACUCCAAAUGAGUAUUAAUUGAUUGUGAUAUAGUCGUACUAAUAUUUAUAAAAUCAUAAAAAAAUUAUGAAACUUUUUUGUUUUAAAAGUGGUACAAGCUAUGUACAAGUAUUACAUUCAAUAUAGAACUUUAAAUAUGUUUUAUUGAAUUGUGAUUUAUAAGGCUAUGCAUGUAUGUAGAAUCAUACAAACAUAAUUUUUUUUUUAAAGUUUAGAAUAUAAGUAUUACAUUGAAUCUACUCUUAAAAAAUUAUAUUAAAAAACAUGCUUAUAAAUAUGUUUAUAAAUAUUGUAAAUGAUCAAAGAGAGAUUUUAUAAUUCUAUAACAAAAGCUAUGUAGUACUUCAAAUGACUGUGAUUUGAUUGUGAUAUAGUCUCACUAAUAUUUAUAAAAUCAUAAGAAAAAAAUUAAACUUUUGUUAUACAAGUUAUGUACAAGUAUUAGAUUUAAUAUGGUACCUUAAAUAACUUAUUUAUUUAUGAUUUAGUAGACUAUGUAUAUGUAGAAUUAUAUGAAAAAAAUAACAUUUUAUUUAUUUAACAGUUGUUUAAAAUUUAAGUAUUACAUUGAAUAAUAUUAAAAAACUUUAGUUCUGAACAAAUCAAUGUAUAUUGUUUUAUUUAUAUAAAAUGCAAAUAAUAUAUAUAAUAAAUGCAAAAUUCAAACAAUUGUUCAUUUACCUUUUUUAUGACUUUUUCCAGAAUUUGUAUAGUUAGCAAGGCAGUGUACUAUCUAACAACCAGUGAUUUAUUUAACACCCAGUACACAUUGAAACUUGUGGCUUUCUGUGAGCCGCGAAAGCGAACUCCGUUUCUUCCUACCAUCCUUCGCAUCACCAACUCCUUGUAUAUCCGCGCAGACGGGCCGUCGCGGCUCUGGGCACCAGGUACCGGAGUUCCAGAGAUCCCACGAUCUCUUUUAUUAAUAACUUCGACGCGAGUAAGGAUUGGGGCAAAGCUAUUGAGCUCGGCUAACUCAAGAGGAGAAAAUCUAAUGAGAUGGGGAUUAGGGUCGAGGCCUCGCAAUGCUUGAAUUACUCUUUACUUGAUUUCAUUUGUUAAUUAACAAUGUCUCUUAAUUUUCACAAUAAAGUGGCCCUGCUACUCGCGAAACCCCUGCGCAGGGCCCCCUUGACGGGGCUUGCCAACGCUCGCGCGCUAUCACGAGUAGACGGACGAGGUCGCCGCUAUUUCGCAUCCGGCCCUGCAAGUCUCAUGAGUCUCCGGUUUCUUCAUUUUGAUCGAGAAUCCUCCUCGCUCCCAUCGGACGAUCGACGCCGCCACCACGUUCGUCAACGCAAUGUCCGCCAACUCGCCAUGCAGACGAGAGGACCGCCUUGCCCUUCCAUGUACCUAUAUGCCGGGAGCACGUCGCGUCCGUCUCUUUUUGCUCUCGUGAGUCCUAGGAUUCCUAAAAUCCAACUGCAUUCGUUAAUUCUAUCUACCGAGGUUCGCGCGCUUACCCUCGUUCUCUAGCGUGCCGGUCACAACUACUGCGUGAUCCCGUCACGACUACUGCGGUAAACGCCACACUACCUACUAUGCCGGAUUGCUACGUGCGACCUAACGCCGCCAUUCUUUAUAAUAUAAUUUUAAUUAGCCCCACUGAAACUGAAUCUAAUUUCAUAAUCGAUUAAUAAUUAAUAAUUAUUAAUCGAGCUUAUUCAUAAUAAAAUCUUAAACUAUGAAAUAAACUUACGUUUGCUAUUUAGGGUAUAAUUACGGGAGCUGACGGACAUAACAAUAUUUCGGAACGAGUGUAGUAAUUAGAAUGCAAUAUGGGAGAGGCUACGGUAACUGGAGGAUACGAUAGAACAAGAUUGCGAUAGUUGGGAUAACAAUAACGAGAGAAUACGAUAAUUGUAGUUACGGAAGCGAUAAAGUACGAUAGUUGUGACGACGAUAAAGGGAGGUUUAUGUUAGUCGGGGAUACGGUCGCGAGAGACUAAUGAUAGCCAGUAUAGUGGUAAUGAGUACGAUAAUUAAGAGAUUAGGGUGGCAAGAGGGUUCGAUAGUUGGGGUUAGCGGUAGCUGGGGAUUACGAUAGUUGUGGUUAGCGACAGUUGGGGGGUCAACGAUAUUUGGAAUUAACGGUAUUUACUGUAAUUGUCGAUUAACGGUAAUUGCGAUAGCUGGGAUUAGGGUAAUUACGAAACAGGAUUGCAAUAACUGAGGAUUACAGUAAUUACGAUAGUUAAGGAUUAGUGAUAACGAGAGUGAAUUUGGUAUACAAGUCUAUUCGCGAGACGUCACAGUACUCGUCCAGCCGCUCUUAUGCGACCUAAUAUUAAUACUCGCGAAUGCCAACGCACGGCAUACAUUUCACCCGAGACACAUCCGCUCGCGAAAAUAUACAAAAAGACUUAUAAAUAGCUAUAUUGUUCGGUGUGAAGUCUGAGGCGACAAUGGCACCCUACUAAACUUACGUGAUUAAAUACGUGAUCAAUCACGUGUUAAAUGACGUGAUAUUAUCGUUAAAUUAUUUACGUGAUUAAUCACGCAACUAAUCACGUUACUUACUUACAAUAAUUUUACUAAAUAAAAUUAUUAAAAACGCUAAAUAGACUGAACAAUUCUUGAGGGUGCUGCUGUAAAUGGGGUGUGCAGCAACUGUAUGGUCAGUUUUGCACGGUAGCUCUCCCAAUUUUUGUAGCGCGGCGUGACUGUCGACUUAUAAAAGUUUACGCACUCACGAAAUUUGUUAGUUGCUGUCCCGCGUAUUUAGUGCAGCAGCAGCAUCAUGCCGGGACAGCUGCUGUACAAUUUUUGCGCAGCUGUUGUACAAAAACUUAUCGUCGAUGAGAAAAUCACUUUUGCACGGCAUUUAUGCAUCACUGUAUAGCAGCUCCCUCAAGAAUUUCUGUGUGUGUAAGUAGAAUGCCCUAUUUAGCUGAUACCACCCGGAUGGUAACACCUAAAUUGGGCAUCCUACUUUAGAAUUGUGAAUGGUUGAUUGUGAAAUCACAAUAUUGAAUUGUUAACUAUGAGAUGACAAACAGAAUAGACUAUUGUAUAAGGUUUCUUGCCCAAAUCUAACAUUUUUCUCUUAUCGUAAAUUAGGAGAUCAAAGACCAAAUCGAAUGAUGUACGUCAAUCACCAUGCCUAAAAUGUAAUCGUGAAAAUGGUUAUAUCAGGCCGUAAAAAACUAAAUGAGCACUAUACAUAUCUGGUUGUUGAUCUUACAUAGAUUUUCAAUUAAAUUAAAU